CUCUCUCUCGCCCCAUCUCGCUUUGGCUGAAUUUGUCGGAGCUUUUUCAGAUCGCCGAAGCUUUUUUAUUUCUUCAUAUCGACGUCGCAUUUCCAGCACAUUAAUCUCCCCCCUGGACUGCGGCGAUGCGUUCGGUGUUGCCAUUCAAGGCCGAAGGGAUUGUGGUGGGUGAGGGAACCAUGUUUUACGAGUGAUUUGCUCCUCAGGGGGUUGUUGGAGCGGAUGUGAGCUGCAUUCAGUUUGUUGGCUGAUCGAUGCGAUGCGAUGCGCGCCACGAGGUCGCGACCAGCUCGGAUUCCGUCAGUUGCAGUAAGCACCAAGUCGUUGGCUGCAGCAGCUGCUCGUUAGAGCUGGGAUGGCUUCGUCGGGUCGCACGGAGUGUGAGUGGACGGUGGUAUGUCUGGGACGUAGUAGUGGACGUUUGCUGUAUGGAGAAAUCCGUUUCGUGAGAUUUGUACGUAGAUAUCUGCAAUGUAGAGGCGAAUGAAGUUUCUGUUUUCUCUCUACUCAUACGAGACAGUGCCGAGGUUCUUCGUUUUGGUUUGAAAGAGAGCAAGCGCAGUGCCCUGUUGCAGCAUUCGUGAGAACAGCUUGCCGAAUUGUUGCUCUUUUAGUUUUUACUUCAACUACGAAGGCUAAGCUCUGUUGAGGUUAAUCGUAAGUGGAAUGAGCUACACAAGGAUAGAAUGUUGCUUUGAAGGCAGCAUUGAGGAAACAUGCAGUAAGAGUAAUCUGGUCACGUGAGGUUUUGGAGUGAUCAUUUAAUUGGUGCCUGAGCGUCACUUAAACUUCAACAGGAAAGGAGAAAUGCUUCUGGAGAGCGCAAAUAAUUGGCGGUUAGUUUAGUAGAGCUUGGAAAGACAUGUGCUGCAUUAGAGCCCCUUUUUAUAUAUUACCUUAGGUAUGCGGCUUUUUUUACCCGCAUUGGGGGGUUAUUUGCGUGAUUCUCAUGAUGAACUGAAUACCUAGGUGAGGAGUUUGGCUCUUGUCGCUCUCACAGUGAUUCAUCUCCAGCCAGAUUUUUUUCUCCUCUCCCUGAAUCCUUUGAUCAGCAGAGUUUGGAUCAGAAUGGAAGCGCUGGCGUUCUCCCUUAUCGCAUGCUUGCUAGUUGGAAUUGCCUGUAUGCCCUCAGUGAUUGCCCAAGGACCUUGGGCUGUGCGCAUCGCUUGUGGAGCAACCGUUGACACUUAUGGUGCAAAUGGAUUUCUUUGGUCCAAGGAUUGGGGCUACUCAGGAGGCCGUUCUGCCAACGUCACUGUGAAUAACCACAAAGCAUCUCAGCUUAAUACGGUGCGGUACUUUCAGUUGUCAGGUGGUGGAGAGAACUGCUACAACAUUACAGUUCCAGUUGGUCAUUACCUGAUCAGAUUAUAUUUCACUUUUGGACAAGAAGAUAACGCCAGCCGUGAACCGCAAUUUGAUGUCUCUAUAGAGGGCACCCUUGUCUAUAGCUUGCUGCCAGGAUGGAGCUCAGACGACAAUAACUACCAAGAUUCUUUGGCCUUCGUCAAUGACGGAGCUGCUACUAUAUGCUUUCACAGCUCUGGGCACGGAAAUCCAGCCGUAGCCUCUAUUGAAGUGUUGCAGAUCUUCAACCAGGCGUAUAAUAGAGGAUUUAACGUCAGCCAUGAGUUUAUUAUGCGGUCUGUGAAGAGAGUAAGUGCAGGAGCAGAGAAAUCUGGGUUUGGAUCGGACUUUCUAGCAGACCCAUGGGGAGGCGACCGGUACUGGGAGAGUGACAUCAGCCUCUUUCUUCCAGGGUCGGCUGUGAACCCCAUUUCAACCAAUUUAACCAUAAACAAUGCUGCAGUGUACCCAAAUAUAUACCCUCAGGCCAUUUUCCAAACGGCUACAUCCGCCAACCCUGGUCAGAGCCUCUCUUAUACUCUGCCUGUGGAGCCAAAUUUAGAGUACUCCAUUUGGUUCUACUUUGCAGAACUGGCCACGUUUGUGGAUACAGGCGACCGGGUAUUUGAUGUUUUAGUUAACGAGCAGAAAGUGUUUGCUAAUGUGGAUAUUAUGGCAUGGGCUCAAGGUGCUUUCAGCGCCCUGAUUCUGAACACGACAGUUUUGGUCGAGGGGAAAACUCUGACAGUUACCUUCAAUCCCAUUAUUGGAAAUAUUGCCGUCAAUGCCUUCGAGGUGUAUGCGCUCGUCCCUACCGAAGUUCAAACUUUGAAUACUAAUUUGUGGGCAAUACAAGAGUUGAAGCAAUCGUUAAACGUGCCUGCCCGGUUGGGAUGGAACGGAGACCCAUGUGUGCCGCAAUUGCACCCGUGGAAUGGAGUGGACUGCAGGCGCAGUGCUGCCUCUGGUUUCUGGAUGAUCGAAGGCCUGAAUCUCGAUUCUCAAGGACUACGAGGUGUUCUUGGGGAGGAAAUUGGAGCCUUAACCGGACUCGAGCACCUGAACCUGAGUCACAACAUGUUACAAGGGCUCAUUCCUGUAUCCAUUGGCCAGCUGGAAUCUCUUCUGACGUUAGAUCUAUCUUAUAAUCUAGUGAACGGCUCUAUACCUUCAAGUCUUGGCAACCUCACUAAACUCCAAAAAUUGUUCUUGAACAACAACCUAUUAAGUGGUGAAGUGCCUCACAGUCUCAGUGCUGGUGCUCUGCGAGGGGCUAAUCUUAACAUUGCCAACAACGAAGAUCUAUGUGGUGUUGGUAUUAAACCAUGUGGUCAUCUGAAGGGAGGCACUAAAGCAGGCAUUAUCGUGGGAGUGUUGCUGGGUUCCCUUCUGGCUGCGUUAGCGAUAUACAUAUUCUAUAAAAGAAGACAAAACAUCGCCCGCGCCCAAAGGCUGCCUCGAGAUGCCCCUUACGCUAAAGCAAGGACGACGUUUGUAAGGGACGUUCAACUGGCCAGGACAGUCCUGACUGAUCACUUUAGACCUGUGUACCGUGAUCCAACAGUUGCGCCAGGCCAAACCAAUCCAUUACUGUGAAUUUGGUCACUUGCUGUUAGAGGCCCUUGGCCAGUAGAAUUUCACAUUUGAUUCAAGUAACUUGCAUCUGAAGACCUCAGAACCCGCAAUGAUAUAUUUAUCAGAAUCACACAUCGCUUCAUUGAGGAGUCGUCUCUUACCUAUGCAGCCUGUAAAUGAAUUGGUUGCUGCACAGAUCGAGUACACGCAGAUAGCUUAGGCUUCUCCGCUGAAUGUAUCAGUCGAAGAGUGUUCACCUUUAGCUCUUCUCCCUUACAUGAACUUCACUUCGGUAGUCCACAACAGCUCUGGUUUAGCAUUUGCUGGAGCGUUUGAGCAGGUGUGGCAUACUGUUAUGAGUGACCCACUUGGUUUCCACGCAAGGAGACUACUGCACUUACUGAACUUGUGUUCAAUAAACAACACAUUUUCGUGCACAUCAUUCGAUAA